AUGGACGAUCUACAAGCACUCUUCCCUCAUCAUGAGGAGGACCUCCUUCGCAGAGCAUUGGCAGAACAUCAAAAUGAUGCUGAUCGAGCUUCAAAUGCCAUAUUCGACGGAGAUUAUGAUGAUUACGGAUAUGCUGCUGGUGAUGACGACAAUCAUAAUGCUGACGGUGAAGAUGAAUUUGAAGAUCCUAGAUUCUUUGAUCAUGUCAUCAAGAAAACAGCUCCAACACCACCCACAAUAGCAGCACCAGCACCAACUUUUCCUCGACAAACUGUAAAUGGCCGUGAUAUCAUACUUCUAGACUCGCUUGUAAUACCUGAUAGACCCAUUCUUGCUGCUCGAGGCCAACAUACGAUCAUCACACCAGCAGGUGGUGCUGUGAGUGGAAAUAAUGCUCGCAACAACAGUACGCAAUCAACUUCAGCUCGCAACAACAGUACAAUAUCUUCAACCGUAGAUGAUGAUGGUGAUGAAGUCAUUCUAGAAGCAGAAUCAGUCACUCCAGCAGACAAGGAACAGAACGCAAACGUUCAGGCCCUCAAGGAAAUGUUUCAAGACGCUGAUGAAGAGUGGCUUGAAUCAACCUUGAAAGAUUGUGAUGGAAACGUAUCUCAGGCUUUAGAUGUUAUCACAAAAGAAAAUGGGAAAUAUCCGAAAAGGUCCGCUCAAGUCAAGAGGAAGAGAGACGAGGAAGAAGCUGCUGAGAAUCAAGAGAAACGACGCCGAAAGAAUUAUGCCGAUGUUGAUCUCUCGUUCACCCCAUCGACGGCCUAUCUACAAUCAUGUCGACUUCAAUUGCAGACAGACUUCCCUAAUGAGCUGCACAAGGACAUAGAUGUUGCUCUUGGAAGGCACAAUCAUCAAUAUGCACCAACCUAUCAAAAUAUUCAAGACCAUGGCGCUGCAGCUAGAAGAGCCCCGCCCUCGAAACGAGAUAAGAAGCAAAAGCGUCGCAGAUAUGAUGAAGAGUUUGAAGAAGAGUUGGCUUGGGUUCUCACUCAAAAGACAACAACCACAGCUGAUAACGAGCCUGAAGAAGACGAAUCAGCAGACAUUGAAUGUGGAUGUUGCUAUGGAGAUUUUUCAAUGUCAAAGAUGACUCAAUGCGAAGAAGCGCAUCUGUUUUGUAUGGAUUGUGCUCGCACUUCAUCUGAGAAUAGGAUUGGAUUGAGGCAAUGUGAGAUGAAGUGUCUUGACACGUCUGGCUGCACAGCCAAAUUCCCCGAGUCUGAAUUGAAGAGAUUCCUGUCGCCCGCUGUCUAUGAAGGCUAUGAGAAGAUGAUUGCGGAGAAAGUUCUUCAAGACGCGGAUAUUGAAGGUCUCGUCAAAUGCCCCUUUUGUGAUUAUGCUAUCGUUAUGGAGCAGACUCCUGAAGAAGACAGCUUGUUCAGAUGUCAAAAUCUGACUGGGAAGAAUGCAUGUGGAGUCAUCAGCUGUCGAAAGUGUCAAAAGCCCAAUCACCUCCCCAAAACAUGCAAAGAAGCCAAGUCUGAUGAUGUAUUGGAUGUCAAGCAUGUUAUUGAAGAGAAAAUGACUGAAGCCUUGUUGCGAGAAGAAGUUGUCCAUGUGGAAAGGCUUUCUGCUACGUGUGUGGGAAGGGGCCAAUCGGUUAUGAACAUUUCGACCAAAGACACAUUCAAGAAGGCCAGUCCAGCAGUACGUUCCAAAAAGUGUCCUCUACAUGAUGAUUCAAUGAAACGAAAUGCAGAGAAUGUCAAGAAGGCAGCGGAAGAAGCUCUAAAGGAGGUUGCAGAGGAAAAUCCGGAGAUGGCGCCAGAAAUCAAGGUCGAUAUCCCUGACAUCCCAGAAGAAAGGAACGGGAUACCUCAAUGGCCAUUCUAUGGAGCAGCUCAGGGCGGUCUCGUACGACCAGCUGCUGGAGUGUUGGGUGGAUUGGCAGCGUUGCCGGGUCAAAUCAUGAUAGGAAUGGGUUUCCAAGGUGCAGGAGUACCAGGUGUGUUACCAGGUGGUGGCGUUUAUCCGCCCCCAAUAUUCUUUAAUGAUAUCGCUCCCAUACCUCCUCAUCAUCGUCGCCGACAUCGUACCCUUACUGCCCGACUUGCUGAAGUGCCACCUCAGCCAAUGCCAGCUCCACUCAUAUUUGGCGGUCCACCUCCUGCUGCUCAAAUGCAAGCCCGGAUUCAAGCAGCUCAACAACAACUUCAGAUUCAACAACAACACCAGCUACAAGCUCAACAAAUGAUUCAACAACGAGCUGAACACCAAUUACAACUAGCUCAACAACGAGCAGCCCAGCUACAUCUACAAGCACAACAGAGACUCCAACACCAGCAACAACAGAGGUUGCAACAAGAACAACAGUGGCAAGUCGACGCUGCUCGACUCCAACGUCAGAAUGAGGAAUUUGCCCGUAUGCAACGAGAACAUGGCGUCCAGAUGGAGGAACAACGAGCUCUUCAUGCUGAACGCCAGCGAUCCGCCACAGCAAGAGCUGCUGUCGCCAAACUGGAUGAAGAUGUAUUAAUAGCAGAAGAAAAUAAAGACUACAUUAGGUUGUAA